AUGUUGAUGAUAACGGCGAACUACUUCAACCUGCUCGUCAUGUUGAAUGCCUCGUGCAACUUCAUCCUCUACUCAUCACUGAGCGUCAAGUUUCGGAGGACAUUCAUCCACCUCUACUGCCGAUGCUUCGACAGCAACCGCAGCCACCGACCCAGCCACAACAACAUCUUCAAAAUGACCAACAGAAGAAACAAACCGACAGCCAGCUCAAAUCAGGCGUCGACGUCGAAAAACAAAACGAAGGACGACUUCAUGAGGUGCCCGUCGGACGCUGCAACUGCAAGCGUCAGAAACAACAGGAGGAAGACGAACACUUCCUGCUUGUCAAAGUUGCAUCUGAAGCCGCAGGAUGAACUCUGCAUGCAGCACAUCCCUAACGAGUCCGUCGUCACGACAUACCUGAACGAACUUGACCCCGACAAAUCUUACAACUGA